CCUUGCCCUUGAUCCAUGUGAAGACCUGUUGGAAACGCCUCCUAGAAACAGAACAGUUUUCAGUCUCCUAAGAAAUCCUGUUGUGUCCAAGAAGAGCCCGUCCAAAUGAGCAAGACAUCCCAACAGAACACCGCUACAGAUGCGAACGGAGUAAGCGUGAUUCACACCCAAGCACACACCAGCGGUUUGCAGCAGGUUCCCCAGCUGGUGCCCGUCAGUCCUGGUGGCGGAGGCAAAGCUGUGCCUCCGAGCAAACAGGGAAAGAAAAACUCCUUUGUGGAUAGAAACAGCGAUGAGUAUCGUCAGCGCAGAGAGCGAAACAACAUGGCAGUGAAAAAGAGCCGGUUAAAAAGCAAGCAGAAAGCGCAAGACACGCUGCAAAGGGUCAACCAGCUCAAAGAAGAGAAUGAACGUUUAGAGGCAAAAAUCAAGCUCCUGACCAAGGAGCUGAGCGUACUGAAAGACUUGUUCCUCGAGCACGCGCACAACCUUACAGACAACGUGCAACCUGUUGGCACUGAAACCACCACCACAAAUCCAGAAAACAACGGACAGUAGACACAGUUGCAACUUUAUGAAAUGAACUCCCAAAGUGCAGCUUGUCUGCAACGCCCAUGCAGUAACCAAGCAAAAACUCUCUUCUUUUAACCAUCAUU